CGAAUAAUUUGGAUCUUUGUCCUGGCAACCCCACAAAAUCGGAAUGCGCCAUACAGCGCCGCGCCGCCCGCCGCGCAGUCGUGCUACGUCACCAAAAUAAAUAAAACAACAGUUAUUCCGAAAAAAAAAAAACAAUAAUCAAAAUAACAAGAAAAACACACUCGCGAUGUGAAAAUAAAAAAGUUUGUGAUUUCCCGUUUCGCCAAUGGCGGCUGAGACGUUUUUCGCCUUCGAAAUUUAGUGCAAGCGUGUGUUUUAGUGCUGACCUAGUUUUAAAUGCAAUGUGACGUCAUUUGGCAAACAUGUAAAUCGAUCCAAGUGCCAAAAUGACUCUAAAUCUAACUGGAAACCGAACCGUGGAACCGCGUUCCACGGCCUACUACUACGCGGACAUCGAGCGUCUCAAACGGAAAAACCAGAACGGAACUCCGCACAUCACUGCCGACGAAGAACCGAGGAACCCUGACGAGCUCAGCGAGUAUGUGGAGUCUAAUGAAGUGGUCAACGAAGGAGCCAAAGUGGAAGUACCUCCAUUGCGAGACAGACAGUACAGUUUACCUGAAUACACUACACCUGAAGCUUGCAGACCUGAGGAGACUUAUUCUACAGCAGGCACAUUUCCCAUGCCAGAGCCUAAAGAGAAGGAACCAUUGCUAGCCGAGCUGGAACUUGUUGGUCGACUGCCAUUAAGCCAAUUGGAUAGUGGAUCUGGAGUCAGGAGGAGUAGGAGCUGGUAUCUCUGCUGUCCCAAUGUGGCGGAUGAGGAGGUCUCGAGGGAGUCUUCUUGGCGGUACUCGAGUCUACGGCCGGUCACGGCGCCUCCGAUGGGAAGGAAUGGAAUCAAUUUUAUGGUAACAACUCAAAGCAGCGGGCAACACGACGCGACCACCCUACGCUGCGAGCGCGACGCACUCGCCCGGGCGCUGUCAGCGGAGCGGGCGCGGGCCGCCGCGGCCGCGAGAGCUCACGACGCGAGACUGGCUGAACUACAUGGCGUCAUAGCUGAGCUGGUCAGGAGGAGGGCGGCUGAUAAACAGGCCAGGGCUAUCCCCGAGGAAGAAGUAUCAGAUGAGUGUGAGUCGACGACACAACCGGCGGGGGAACUGGAUAACGACGCCGACCGGUCCAGGACAGACCUGAAUGACAGUUCGUCCCUGGUCAGUCCAGCCGAGCUACCGACGCCUCAGGAGAAGGUGGAACCAGAAUCGGAGGCUUUCAAGCAUGAGGUCCAAAUAAGCUCGAGCGAGACUCACCCCGUGGACAACUGCGACACCAGCCUAGAUCUCUCGGCCAGGGAUUCAGAGAUCUGUCUCAGCACGGCCAGAUGUUGCGGCUACACGCGUCCACACGCCAGCUCGGGGAGCUGCGAACGCGAGCACGGCUCGGCCGACGGAGCGCGGGUGUGUACGGCCUCGCCGCGCGACGAGCGCCGAGCCAAGAUCGCGAGCAGGGUGCGACUGAGACGGACUGACGACGAAACCAGCCAUGAGGAGACGUGGUGUGCGGAGGCGGCGGAGAGGCUGGCGCUGGACGUGUGCGCGCAGGCCGGCCUGAGGGAGGCGCUGGUCGCGGCCAGCAACGAUGGUUGCGCGUUGUCAGCGUCGGUGGCGGCGUGGCGAGCACGCUGUGCGCGGCUGGAGGCCGACGCGCGCGUGCUGCAGUGCGCGCUCAGCAGGGCCGCCGACACCGCGCACAGAUUGUCCAGCGCGUGCGCGGUGCAGGAGUCGUCGUCGGUGGCGCUGUGCCUGGCGCUGCGCGCCGCCGACCGCGCGCUGGAGGCCUACGACGUGCUGCUGGCGCUGGCAGAGACUCUGCACACCCCACAAGAAGAGCGCAAAGCAGCAGAGGUAGUGGCGAAACAGUUGCUGGCGCGGCUGGACGCCGAGCACACGGCGGCUAUAGGGGAGCCCCUGCUAUCACCGGGGCCGUGGCUGCAGCACGACGGACAAGCGCACACGGACAGCGAGUGGACGGAAGAAUGCGAGACUCGUCUCCGAGCGCACGCGGCGCGACUCAAGAGCGACACCGUCACGCUGCGGAACGCCGGACAAGCGCCCGCGCUGUUCUCUUACCACGAUAUAGAAGAAGAUGAGUUACCAAAGUCCGCUGGCAGCGCCAGCAUGGCGGAGAUGGAAGCGGCCGUCAUGAUGCAGGAGCUCCUGGCGGCGCGCGAGGCCCGCGCGGCGGCGCGCGCCGCUGGCGCCCGACGCGACGGCGAGCUCUACAACGAUCACGAGUACAAACACCAUAAGGACCACAAGGAAUACACCCACAACGACCACAACGACUAUGACCAUAAGGAGCAUGCGCAACAUAAGAGCGACUCGACCCGCAGCCGCCGCAGACGCGAGCGGCACUGGCUGGACACGCAGGCCUCCGAGACCGACCUCUGAACAUAUCGUUACCUACUUAUAUCUGUAAACGUAAUACAUACUACCAUGUUCGACCACCGUUUGCAAACUAAAUGCUUAUAAACACGUUAGUGUUCACGUUAGUUCACAUCUUGUAGAACAAAACUAGAGGCCAAAAAAAAUUUAUCUAGAAACCAUCCAGAAAACGACAAAAUGAUGUAAGUCAACAUCUUUAAAAAACUGCGCUUAAAAUUCUCCCAUUUUAUAAGUUUAUUGGUUGUAACAUUAGAAAAUUACACUAAAAUUUACGAUGUUUACCUGGUAACAUUAUAGUAUCGUCCACACUGUCGACUGUCCAUCGGUGGGCCUUAUUACAAAAGGCAUAAGGUCCACUAAUGGACAGUUACGAGUGUUGUGUGUACGUUGUUAUGAUACGUCCACACCGAGUCAACGAACGCUUUACAGAUUAUUACACACUAAUAAAUACCAAUAUAAUUGGGGGCCCAUUUCUCGAACGGUAUUACUCUAAUAUUAUUAGUGUGUCGCCAUGGUAACCCAUGCGACUUGAGAGGGGCCCAUUUCUCGACCGGUAUUAGUCUAAUAUUAUUAGUGUGUCGCCGUGGUAACCAAUACGACUUGAGAGGGGCCCAUUUCUGGAACCGUAUUAGUCUAAUAUUAUCAGUGUGUCGCCGUGGUAACCAAUACGACUUGAGAGGGGCCCAUUUCUGGAACCGUAUUAGUCUAAUAUUAUCAGUGUGUCGCCGUGGUAACCAAUACGACUUGAGAGGGGCCCAUUUCUGGAACCGUAUUAGUCUAAUAUUAUCAGUGUGUCGCCGUGGUAACCAAUACGACUUGAGAGGGGCCCAUUUCUGGAACCGUAUUAGUCUAAUAUUAUCAGUGUGUCGCCGUGGUAACCAAUACAACUUGAGAGGGGCCCAUUUCUGGAACGGUAUUAGUCUAAUAUUAUUAGUGUGUUGCCAUGGUAACCCAUGCGACUUGAGAGGGGCCCAUUUCUCGAACGGUAUUAGUCUAAUAUUAUUAGUGUGUUGCCAUGGUGACCAAUACAACUUGAGAGGGGCCCAUUUCUCGACUGGUAUUAGUCUAAUAUUAUUAGUGUGUUGCCAUGGUAACCAGCAAUGGUAAAUUAUAAUGGCAAGCAUAUUUUGUAUUGAAAUAAGUAAAAAUUAUGUAAAACUCGCCAAAAUAAAUUUGAUCAUCAGUAGGGUCGUUCUACUUUUUACUGCAGGUUUUUUCUGUCCCCGGAAGAAGGUAUUUGACUUUUAUAUUUAUAAAUUAUGUAAACAAAAUAAUUGUAUAUCAAUAUAAAGCACAUUUUAAUGCCGCACUAAGGAUACCUUAUAACCAAAGUAAAACAUAUUGUACGGUCACGUCUGAAAAUAUCGAUACGAAAAACGCGCCAAAAAUAUGUAUACAAGACUUUAUUGCCCAUAUAUUAACCCUUUACCAGGCUAAGGGAUAUAUAUUUCCCACAUGCGGCUCUUCAAACAUGUGUUCUAUUUUCGAUGAGCAAGACCGACAUUCGAUUGUCAUUUUUGAACUGUCAGCCUGGUAAAGGGUUAAGGUAGUGUAUAAAUAUUUUUGGCACAUUUUUCGUAUCGAUAUUUUCAGACGUGACUAUAUCUAUUUUUAUAUAUUAUUCUAUCAGUAACAAAGUUGUCAUUAUAAGUAAAAGAGAUAACUUAAUAAUUUUAACUUGUCAUUUUUAUUUAUUUGUAUUUGUAUCCUUUUAUUUUAAUCGAAUGUAGAUCAAGUAAAAAAUUUUUAAUUUAAUUUAAUUUCAACUGAGUAUUUUAUUGCUGACAUGUAAAAUUGUAUAUUUUACCAAUAUACAAUUUAUAUAUAUCGUUGUCUAAGUAGCCUCAACACAAGCCUUAUUGGGCUUACUGUGGGACUUAGUCAAUUUGACCUAUAAUAUUAUUAUUUUUUUUUCAAAAAAAGAGUAUGAGUAUGAGUGGGGACGGUAACAUAGUUGUGUUUGCACACUCCAGGCUAUAAAUUCUAAAAAUAUAAAAAAUUCAAGGGUUAAAUAUUGAAGCCUAUUCUGUGCUUAUCAUUUUUAAGUACCUAGUGUAUGUUAAACCGCAUUACUAAUAUUAAAAUUUCAGGAAUCUUUAAAACCGUAAAAACCUGCAGUAAAAAGUAGAAUGACCCAUAGUUUUAACCCCCAUUUAGACGGCUGCAUACAAUAUUUGAUCAAAUACGCAAUGUAAAAAAAUCGCGUGCAAUUUAUUGAACCGUGUAAAUGGGAUGUUAGGCUUGCGACUUUGACAGCGUAAACUUCAACUUGUAGUUAAAUUUAUCCGAGCCCCUAGUGUAAAUUUAUUCGAUUUCGAAACGUACGCGUUUACGUUAAGUCCCAUUUAGGGAUUUAGAAACCGCGCGCCAAGCGGGACGUUUUGGAAACUCAAAAUCCCAUACAAAAUGAGACUUAACGCAAACGCGUACGUCACGUUACGCCAUCGAAUAAAUUUACACUAGGGGACUGAUGACUGACUCGAAAUAUUAUCAAAAAAAUCGUGUUUAGAAAUAGUACAAAGUAACGCCUGAGAGGCUUCCCUUCCUAGUUAUAACAUUGUAAAAAUCAUGACAUAUCUUGUUCAUUUUAGGCUAUUAUUCUAUUUUUUGGCUAAAAAUCAAAAUGGUAAAUAAUGAUAAUAAAAUAGAUUAAAAAAAACUA